AUGGCAUCUUAUUCUGGUCUCUACAGACCUCUGGUUGAAGCUGACGCGAUCCGUAUACUCGCUCUACACCCAUCAUCAACCUACUCAGCCGAGCUGCGUGGUUCUUUGUUCGAGACAACCGUGUCAGAGUGUGACAGUGAUAAAAUAGACAGCUUCAAUGCUUUAUCAUAUGUGUGGGGUAAUCCGACCAAGGCAAAGACUAUCGAAAUCAACGGGAAAGCAACUCUCAUCACCACUUUGUUAGAUCUGGCCUUGAGAGAUUUGCGGGAUACGAAUCGAGUUCUUCGGCUAUGGGUUGAUGCUUUGUGUAUUGAUCAAUCCAAUACGGAAGAGAGGAAUCAGCAAGUGUCAUUUAUGGGAGAUAUUUACGCAACUGCUCAACAUACCAUCAUUCAUCUAGGUCCCUCCAGUCUCGAGGCCGAGUCUGUUCUCCGAAAACUCAUGUCCAAAGCAGCUGGAAAGCGGCAACUUGAUUAUGUUAUCCACGACGUUCUAUCAGAAGAGGAAAUCCAGCUAGUCGACGAUCACAUCCUGAGCAGACCGUGGUUCCGUAGAGUUUGGGUUUUACAAGAGCUGGUACUCUCUAAAGACCCAUGGAUUCGCUGCGGAAAAGUUGAAAUGCGGUGGGAUGACUUCUGUCUACCGCUACGAAGAAUUUUACAAAAUCGCAGGGAGCGAUACUCACCUCUUGCCAGCGCAAUUACGGACAGCUGGACACUACUCCAAGGGAUGAAUGUCAUUCGGGCUGAAGCUUUACAUGCGAAAUUUCCUUGUGGAACCCCGGACGAUGAACUUGAUGAUCGAACUUUACUCGGCAUUUUGCGUCUGAGACGAGGACUAGGUGCCACAGAUGCCAGAGAUCUUGUCUUUGCUCAUCUGGGGCUAGCAUCUGAUUUCUUGACCAGCCAAAUUUUUGACCACACCUUUUCCAAGAAAGAGAAGCUUCAUUACAUCCCAGUCAAUUAUCAAGCUUCUUGUGUACAAGUAUUCUCCUGUGGCAAUGAGCUCGAUAAAAUCGUCGAGCUGAGUCAUGUUCUUCAAGACGCAGAGAUCAGUGAUGACACAACUCGAGAUAUAGUGCGGCAAGGCCUCGAGACGCUAGCAUUGUUAUCAGGAAACACACAGCACUAUGUCGUGCCGGAACAUUUCUCCAACAAGAACGAGCACGAACAUCAACUCCUAGAAAUCUCAGACGUACUUAUCAAAGGUCUCUCGGAGGGUUCAGAGCCUUCCCAGUCUAGUGAGGCUUUCAUGCCCUCGCUGUCGGAAAUGUUGUCUCGUAACGCUCAGUUACGUGACAUGCUUGCAAGUCGAUGGAAGACUCCCGAUAGAUCUGGAUGCUAUGGCUUGCUGCUUGCAUAUAUCAUUCAACAUCUUGGGCAUGUUUCCGGUCUAUCUAAAGCUGGUAAAAUCAACACUGCCCCUCCGCCAUAUCUCGAAAGAGGAUCCAGCCUCUCCUACAGACGUCUCGCUAAAACCAGCCGUGGGCUCUUCGGCUUCGUGCCUGCGAGUGCAAGAAUAGGCGACGGAGUUACGUUCCUUAAUAGCUGUAUGGUUCCUAUUAUCACGCGAGGAGUUGUGUAUGAAGAUACCGAUGGCUUGGAUAGUCGAGUCAGAAUUCGAUUUCGGUCGGCUCAACAGGAGGGAGAAAAUAAUAAGCGAUCUCAUAUAGGCAGUCCGCGCCCUAUAAGCAUUGAGCAGGAGCAUUAUAUGGUCCAGGGCUCGAUUACAGCGUCUGCUGUGAAACAUGUAAUUGUUCUUGGCAUGUCUUUCUUUGAUGGGAUAGCGCUUUGGAAUGGACGCGAGGAUCAAAAGUGGACUGACAUAUACGCCAUACACUAA